UCGAGGGCAGGGGGAGAGGGAGGGGCGAGGGCGUGGGGGAGAGUCUAGAAAGUGCAGAGAGCAGUGACUGUUGUCGAUUGGGCUACAGUUCGUGCGCAGUCAUUGCGCUAAUCCUGAUUCAUUUCUCGUGAGCGUGCACGACUCGAGCAAGACCCGAGCAGACCAGAUUCUUUCAGUUGUUGCUCCCGAACCCCAUCCUGGUGUCAGUGGGUUUUCCUCCUUCGCUGCUGCGGCUGUGGCUUGCUGCUGGUGCUAUUACUACUUCAAAGCCUCGGCGAUGGUGAUGCAAAGUCUGACCACCCCUCUGGUCUCGUCGUCCUGCGUUGUCCCCACCUCUGCUUCUCUUCGCUCUCCGUCUCCUUCUUUCUCUGCUUCUGUUUUCUCUCAGAAGGCAUCCAGGGCGUUGAGUUUUGGGAGCUCAGGCUUGUUGAAUUCUGGAGCUGUUGAGGCUUCCGCAAGACCGAGUGUUGGUUUGCCUAGCGGAGGCAGAAUUAGUACCAUGGCUUCUCAAACUACUGUCCAGAAGAUGGAUCAGGAUUCCCCUGUAUCGGAAGCGGUUGUCGACGAGCCUGUCCAGAUCAAAUUACGAUCGCUGAAGUUGUCGGACUUAGGUCCAUCUGAAAUUAGAGGUCUUCAGGCGCGACCUCGCAUCGACUUCACUAACAUCCAGAACAUAGUUGGACCUAUCGUCGAAGACGUCAGAUCUCGUGGAGAUGAGGCUGUGAAAGAGUACACCGUGAAGUUUGACAAAGUUACCUUGGAGAAUAUAGUAGAGCUUGUAGCCGAUCUGCCAGACCCAGAGCUAGAUCCCGAGGUGAAGGCUGCCUUUGAUGUGGCAUACGCAAACAUAAAAACGUUUCAUGCUGCUCAGAAGAAAUCUCAAUCGAUGGAAGUGGAGACUAUGCCAGGAGUAAGGUGUAAACGCGUUGCGAGGGCUAUAAGCAACGUCGGUCUUUAUGUUCCGGGAGGGACAGCAGUGCUUCCAUCGACUGCUCUCAUGCUCGCAGUGCCUGCUCAGAUUGCUGGUUGUAGGACGGUAGUCGUUGCAACUCCACCUCGACCAGAUGGCUCAAUUUGCCCUGAAGUUUUGUACUGCGCCAAGAAGGCAGGUGCAACUCACAUUCUCAAGGCUGGCGGAGCUCAGGCAGUUGCAGCAAUGGCUUGGGGCACGGAUACAUGCCCUAAGGUUGACAAGAUUUUGGGUCCUGGAAAUCAGUAUGUAACUGCAGCGAAAAUGCUAUUGCAGAACAGUGAAGCUAUGGUGUCAAUUGACAUGCCAGCGGGUCCAUCAGAGGUGUUGGUGAUCGCCGACAAGUAUGCCAGCCCUGCGCACAUUGCGGCUGAUCUUUUGUCUCAGGCCGAGCACGGACCUGACAGCCAGGUGGUCUUCGUAGCGGUCGGUGAUGACGUAGACGUAGAGGCGAUUGAAGCUGAAGUAGAGGCACAGUGCAAUGCGUUACCCAGAGGAAGCAUUGCGGCCAAAGCUCUGCAAAAUAGCUUCACUCUCAUCGUUUCUACAAAAGCUGAGGCAUGCGCGUUUUCUAACUUAUACGCCCCGGAGCACUUAAUUGUCAACGUAGAAAAUGCCGCCAGCUGGUUAGACAGUAUCGAUAACGCAGGGUCUGUAUUUCUGGGAAGAUGGACUCCCGAAAGUGUGGGUGAUUACGCUAGUGGUACCAACCAUGUGUUGCCAACCUAUGGGUACGCUCGUAUGUACGGUGGUGUCUCAUUGGAUUCUUUCGUUAAGUACAUGACCGUUCAAUCUCUUAGUUCCGAGGGCCUUCUAGCUCUAGGGCCUUCAGUCGCCAAAAUGGCAGAGGUUGAGGGCUUGGACGCCCAUGCGAGGGCUGUCACCCUACGUUUGAAAGACCUGAAGGCACAGAAGUAGCUAAUUGUCGAAGCCCUUUAGUGGGAUCUUAAAUUUGGUCUACGUACUCCGAAGGAGUAUGCAAAUUUUGUCUGUAUGAGUAAUUACUCUAUCCUUUGGAGAUUGUUAGUGUCACUUUAAGGUUGCGUUAUCUGUGCAUUCAAUGAACUCUCCAUCCUCUCGAAGAGGCUUGUAAUAUUUCAAAUAUUGAACUCAUUUCUUCCUGCUCUGUCAUUGAGAAGCAGAUUUUUAACAUGUCGAUCGCCGUUCUCUACAGAAACGCCUCAUAUUUUACGUGGGUAUUGCAAAUGUACUAUCCUAUUU